AUGCUGCUGUACAAAGCACCCUCUGGCAUCGCAAUUUUCUCAUUUGAUGGGACCUACCUGGACAUUGCAGUGAAGGACUUUUGGGCAGACAUCCCACAGCUUUGUCUGGUAGAAUUCAUAAAGUGUCAGAAGGUGUCCUCCCCCUUUGGCCUGGCUAUUGACGAUAACCUGGCUGAGAGGCUCACCAGGCUGUGUGGCUCUGAGAAGAAAUUAGUUGUGGGAAGUGCUCAGCAUAAAGAAAUAAUUGAAGAGAAACUGGGAAUAACCUGUCUGUGUGUUGAUAUUCCUGAUUGUGAGGUGAUACAAUGCAGUCCGAAGAAUCACGUGGGUACUUUGUUGCCUGAAGAAAAGUCAAAGACGGGUAAGGGAGACUUCGAUGUCGAAGAGUUAAUAAAAUUCUUACGUCAACAUGACUUUGAUGUCAAGCCUGAGAUGGUUAGCGAAUCUAUUGCCAAGUUAGCUCGUCUCCUUCUUGAUGUCAAAUUAUGUGAAAUGGAGCAUUUGAAGUUCCUACGAAUUCUUUUAAAGGAUUUUGUUGUUAAAUCUGGUAUUGACACUAAGAAUUGGAAGUUAUUCCAAUUUGCAACAGUUCUGAAAAUGAUCUGUUACCCUAGAUCAUCAUAUGAAAUCUACCCCCCUCGUAAGGUGAAUCAUAAUAUUUUAGACGUGUUUUGAGUAUGUGAAUGCUGGAACAUGUCACUUUAGCAAUGGACUGAGUUAUGUUUCUUUCAGAUUUUUUCACGUGAUGAGUUUCGGAAGAUAGAGGCUAAUGCAUAUCGAUAUAAAACAAUAUUUUCUCAGAUUGGUGCAUUAUCUGUCUAUGAAGAUGUCGUUUCUCUCUAUUCAGAAAG